AUGUCAGUCCGCGUACAUGCCAGGCAGGGCCCCGGCGUGACGCUGGGGCCGGGUGAGGACGCCAGUGUCGGUCAGAGCAUUGCUUCUUCUUCAGCCACAGAUGCACUGGAAUUGGGCGCGGAAUUCUUCCCCCAUCUCGAUAGCUUCGCAGCGCCGCGGCACCCCAGCACCGAAGAGGCCCUGGUGACCACAGGCCCAGCGCUUCUCCAGGCCGGAUCGCAGGCCUGA